AUGUUACGUAGUACUACAUCGAAAUCACUAUCGAAAAUGCCACAUGCUAUACCACCACAAUGCCGUCGUUCUCACUCGAGUUCGAUAUUCCAGACUAAGAAGAGGCUCGCCCACUUGGAGUCCGAUAGACCUUACCUGACCCACCUGCCUCGCUCCAUGAACUCAAGUCCCAACUUGAGAUUCCACUCCUCUGCUUCGUCUUCCUCGCUGAGGUCGUCUUUCCUAAACACGGAAAUACACCACCAUAGCCACAACAACCUGCCUUUCUUGCCUGCCGAGCAAGCUACUUUGAAAGACGUGAACGAGUGCGUCCUGAACGCCAAGUACGCUGUGCGCGGUGCCAUCCCUAUGCGUGCCGAGGAGCUGAAAACACAGCUGAUGGAAAACCCGCACUCUUUGCCCUUCAACGACAUUAUUAACGCCAACAUCGGUAACCCACAGCAGCUGAAACAGAAGCCACUGAGCUUCUACAGACAGGUAUUGUCCCUGCUGCAGUACCCUGAGCUGAUCCCCACGCUGGAGAACAAUCCCCAGACCAUGAUCAAGCAAGACGCCAUCGACAGAGCCAAGAGGCUCCUGGACGACAUUGGCGGGUCCGUCGGUGCUUACUCCUCUUCACAGGGUGUCCUCGGCAUCAGGAAAACCGUCGCUGACUUCAUCACAAACAGGGACGACGGUAUCAUUGCUUACCCCGAAGACAUAUUCUUGACCGCGGGUGCUUCUAGCGCCGUAGACUACUUGCUGUCCAUCUUCUGCAGAGGCGAGGAGACAGGUGUGCUGAUCCCAAUCCCACAGUAUCCACUUUACACAGCCACUCUGGCCCUGCAAAACUCUCACGCCCUGCCAUACUACCUGAACGAAGAAACAGGCUGGUCCACCGACCCUGAGGAACUAGAGUCCAUCAUCUUAGACUCCAUCGAGAACAACAUCAAACCAAGCGUUCUUGUAGUUAUCAACCCAGGUAACCCUACAGGUGCCGUGCUAUCCGAAGAGGCUAUCGAACAGAUAUUCACAUUGGCCGCCAAGUACGGUAUAAUCGUCAUCGCAGAUGAAGUCUACCAGGAAAACGUCUUCGAAGACGUAAAGUUCCAUUCAAUGAAGAAAGUCUUGAGACAACUGCAAAUGAAACAACCAGGCCUCUACGACAACGUCCAAUUGGCCUCCUUACAUUCCACCUCUAAGGGUGUCUCCGGUGAGUGUGGCCAAAGAGGUGGUUACAUGGAACUAGUUGGUUUCACUCACGAUAUCAGACAAGUAGUCCUAAAAUUGGCUUCUAUCUCCUUGUGUCCAGUGGUGACAGGUCAAGCCCUUGUUGAUUUAAUGGUUUGUCCUCCUCAGAAGGGCGAAGAAUCUUACGAACAGGAUCAAGAAGAACGUAGAAACAUUCACAAGGAAUUGCACAAGAGAGCUACUCUAUUGCACGACGCUUUUGUCAAAUUAGAUGGUAUCUCUUGUCAAAAGCCACAAGGUGCCAUGUACUUGUUCCCAAAACUUGAGCUACCUUACAAGGCUAUCCAAGAGGCCCUUCACCAGGACAUGAGCCCAGAUGAAUUUUAUUGUAAGUCAUUGUUGGAGAAGACUGGUAUCUGUACCGUGCCUGGUUCCGGUUUUGGCCAGGAGCCAGGUACUUACCAUUUGAGAACUACUUUCUUGGCUCCAGGAACCAAAUGGAUCGAAGACUGGGUUGAUUUCCACCAAGAGUUCUACAACAAGUUUAAGAACUGA